AUGGCAAAGUACUCCAUACCCACCACCGUACUCAGGAAGCGCAAGUUGAGCACGCGACAGCUGCCAAAUCUGCCAGAAUAUGCGGUCAAUGUACGCAGUAAGAGACCACACACCCUCGCAAACGACCAAGCCGGGGAGAUGAACGUGAUUUCCAUAUGCUCCUAUCCAUCUCAGCCCCAGGAACUGGAUUCUGAAUCAACCAUCACGUCCUCCAAUGGUAAAGGUGGUCCAGCUGCCAAGAAGCGCAAAUGGACAGUUUCGAUUCGUGUCAACAACAAUCCACCUACAUCGGCAUGCAUUGAGGACCCAUUCCUCGAGGCCGACUACAAGGCCGUGUUUGAGCAGUACUUGCGGAUCUCAGACCGGCCUCGUUGGACCACCCAGAGCCUUAUUCCCGACCAAGAGGGUUUAGAUGAAAUAGCCUUGGCUGAGGAGCGGAUUGAAGAAUAUGGCAAGGAAUUGUUCGAUCAGCUCGAUAACGCGACAACUUUUUUCCAAAAGAACGCUCCUGAAGCUCAGGUUUACGUGAUUGAGCGUCAUGACAGCGAUGUCAUCAAUCCCGCUUUGGGCGGGAUCCAUUGCCUGGCCUGGGAGCUGCUGGAAUCUGUGCGGAUAUCUCGUCUGCCCAAAUUGCACUUGCGUGUGACCCGAGUUAGCGACUUUCCAGCUCGCCGACUGCUUCAACCGCCACGACCAGGAGGCAAACGGCUAGCGGGAAUCCAAUCAGACCCAAAUGCCACCUUUAACAUUCUCCUGGUCAUUGCUCGCGACUUUACUCGCACUGGUACCGAACGAGAAGCGGAACCUGACUUGGCACAAUGGCCAUUAAUGAAUUUUCAGAAGAAGCUUCGAAGUCGCCUGAACCUUGAAAUUGUGCGACCCGGCAGUCUUGAGGAACUGGCUCGCCAUCUGGAAAUACGAGCUAAACAGAACGUCGAGUUCAACUUAGUUCACUUUGACCUACAUGGACGAAUUAUGCGUAAUGAAUCUGGCGUUCUAGUUCCCUGGCUGUUGUUUGCAAGGCAGCAUACUCCCAACACACCCACCUUCUCAAUCCCACAGACCCAACUCGCCAAAGCUGAAGAUGUGGCAGAGGUGCUUGCACGAUAUCAGGUUGAAAAUGUCGUACUGAAUGCUUGCUUGUCAGCAUACAACCGGUCCGGCCCAGCUAGUAACUUGGCACACAUUUUUUUACGGUACGGUAUUUCAAACGUCUCAGCAAUGUGGUUUUAUGUCCAUUCGAAGACGGUUUCGACCUAUGUGUCAGCCUUUUAUGACAUGUUGCUCAUCAAGUGCCUCGAUUUCCACGUGGCAGCCCAGCGAGCGAGGGAGGCAUUGCGGCAGCAGCCGUCUAUUUUCACAGGACGGACUUACCAGGAUUUUUUCAUCUGCGUCAACUAUGCGCGCGACGUACAUAGAACCGACAGCAUGAUGCGUGAGGUCAGCCCUUCACCUUCGGCCAAAUCACACGAAUCAACCACGUCCACGUCAAACAACUCUGCGAAGAGCUUUCGAAAUGGCGUUUGGAUAAAGGCGUCGCCGCGGCUUGGGGACAGUCUCAUCUUGGGAGAUGAGCCCAUCAUACGACUCCAACUGCACCUUUUGGAGCUCGAAUACAAGCUAAUGACGUUCAAGAUUGUAUAUGCCAGUGACCUACGUAAGGUCGGAUCGGAUUUGAACGGGACGAUCGAAAGUAUGGUCAACAUGUGGCUCAACACGAACCUCAUUGAUGAGGUGCACUACUAUAAAGCCAAAGACUUUGGAAAACGUAGACUCAUAUCAGGCGGCGUCUCCGUUUCUCCGAGAGAGAAACGCACACGAAUGAGCAACGGCGGGCCGCUUCAACGAUUAUUUCCCCGUGCUGUUGGCGCUCUGAGACAGACACUGCAUAUUGUGAGGGAGGUCGACAGUGUAGUGGAUCCUGGAAUUCAAGCAGAUGAGCUGGACAACCAACGGCGAGAAGAGCGACGUUUCUUGGCACAGGAGCGGCUGCAAAAGUUUGCCAAAAAGCUGCACGAAGAUGGCCACAGCUACAUGAUCUUCUUAGGGGGCCAAAAUUCCCAAUGGUGGGAGACAUAUCUCCAGGCGCUGGAGGGUGUCUGGUGGCUAGAUAUGCCUUGGAGCUUUACGUUACACUCCAGGUAUGCAAAGGAGAUGAAGCCGUCCGUAUUAGUGGACGAACGACAGCCAGCCGGACCAACAGGACUCGGCCUUCAGUAG